CUCGUCGGGAGCAGAAGAAACUCCCACAGCAUCGCUCGACAACAGCAUCAGCAUCAGCAUCAGCACCAGCAUCCAGCAUCAGCACCAGCCGCUCCAUCUCUCCUGGGCUGCCACACUGCGCUGCUGUAUCCAGACUGCUCCUUCACUCUCUCUCUCUCUCUCUCUCUCUCUCUCUGACUCCCAUCCGUCCUUCCACUCGCUCAGCAUGCAGUUCCUGGCCUGCUUGGCGUCUCUCAUGCUGGUUCUGUACAGCGUGAGGGCAGCGGCCGUACUUCCGGGGGAGGAGAGGAGCUUAGCGCACACAAACAGGGAGCUGAGCAAAGAGCGCAAGGAAAUAAUCCUCAAGCUUAUCUCGGGCUUGUUGGACGGAGGAGACAGCAACAUGUUGGCGGGGGACGGCGCGGCGCCCGUAGAGCUGGAGGAGCCCAUUGAGUCCCGCCUGGAGGAGAGGGCAGUCUACAACCGGCUAUCACAGCUGCCUCAGCGCGACCGCAAAGCCCCUUGUAAAAACUUCUUCUGGAAAACCUUCACGUCUUGCUAACGAAGAUACCCCCUUUUCCCAUCCACCCAACAUGAACUGUGACCAACUUCGCCUGUACAUGCCAUCCACACUGUAUAAUGAAGGCUUUGAAUGGACUUCACUUGUUUAAAGAGUAAUUAUAAUUAUUAUUAUAUUUAUUUAUUUAUUUAUGAUGACAUCUGAAUAAUAAUCAUAAUAAUAAAUCAUUAUUAAGGUAUUCAUCGUGGGAGUACGAGAGGUGUUUAAUUUUCAUCGAUGUGUGCACAUCAUCGAAUUAAAACGAUUCCUGUGAUCUGC